AUGAAAAUAACCGACAGCGUGCUAAGGAGUUUCAGGGUUGCAAGAACAUACCGCGAAAAUUCGGAUAAAGUAAAUUGUUUGGAGUACAGUCCGAAUGGUGAAAACGCAAUCUCAAGCAGCGACGACGACCGCAUUGUUGUAUACGAUAUCACCCGAGGAAAACCUAUUGACACACUUUACAGCAAGAAGUAUGGAGCAGACCUGAUCCGUUACACGCAUAGAGAUUCCCAAAAAGUCAUCUACAGUUCCAACAAACUGGAUGAUACAAUACGAUAUCUAUCACUGACGGACUACAAGUACAUCAGAUAUUUCCCUGGUCACACUGCAAGAGUUACAGCUCUCUCCAUGUCACCUGUGGAGGAUAUGUUCAUGUCUGCUUCACUGGAUAAGACAAUUCGCAUUUGGAUCUGCGCACCCGAAAAUGUACAGGGUCUAACUGAACCACUUGACAGACCCAUUUGUUCCUUUGACCCAGAUGGACUAAUUUUCGCCGUAGGAGUGAAUUCACAGUCCAUUAAACUCUAUGAUGUCCGUGCGUUUGCCAAGGGUCCAUUUAAUUCCUUUGAAUUGAGGAUGAAUCGCUCCUGUGACUGGACCGGACUGAAGUUCAGUAAUGAUGGCAAGCAGAUUCUUAUCUCGACCAACGGAGGAAUGAUCUGCAUCCUCAACGCCUUCACAGGAGAUGUGAUGCACAAGUUUUCUGGCUACAACAACAGCAAAGGCUUAAAGCUAGAGGCGUGUUUCACCCCCGACUCUCAAUUCGUCAUGAUCGGCUCAGAGGAUGGGAGAGUCCAUGUUUGGAGCACGGAGAACAAGAUGAAGGUCGCUGUGUUGGAUGGGAAACAUCCAGGUCCUAUCAGCGCCAUGCAAUUUAACCCCAGAUACAUGACGUUUGCCACUGCCUGCUCCAGCAUGACAUUUUGGCUCCCGAGCGUUGAAGACAUCUAA